AUGAAGGCUUUCCUGCUCCUGACAACGGUUUUCGUGGCGUUCGCGGCCAAGCGAUUCGAUGGACACCAAGUUUUGCGUAUCCACCCGGAGCACGAGGGGCAUCUGAAGAAGCUGGUGCGACUGGAGAGGUUCGAACAAUUGGUUGACUUCUGGAAGGGCCCGACCUGCCUCUCCUGUCCCGUGGAUGUGCGCGUGCCCAAGAAUCUCCUCAGGAAAGUGAAGACCCUGUUGGAGAAGACUGGCAUGAAGUACACGGUGAUGGUUGAUGACCUUCAACAAAGCAUCAAUAUGGCGAGAUCACGCCACAUUCGCGCCGUAGGCUUCAACUUCGACGACUACAACACCUAUGCUGACAUCGAUUCGCAGCUAACAGACUUCGCGACGAGUUAUCCCAGUCUGGCGUCCGUCUUCACCAUCGGAACCACGUAUGAAGGCUACUAUAUCAGAGCCAUCAAGGUGGGGAGCGCUGGUGGAAACAAGCCCGCCGUUUUACUGGAGGGACAGCUCCACGCCCGGGAUUGGAUCGUGUCUGCUACUCUGAUGUACAACAUCAAGUUCUUACUGGAGGGCUAUGGCAAUGACAGCCAGAUCACGUCCCUUAUGGACCAGGUGGACUUCUACUUCAUUCCGGUCACCAACGUUGACGGAUACGUCUUCACUCACACGGAGGACCGGAUGUGGAAAAAAACUCGUUCCGUCCGGGGGCUGUGCUUCGGAGUCGACGCCAACCGUAACUGGGACGUACACUUUGGCUCUAGCCCCAGCGACGACCCCUGCUCUGAUAUCUACCACGGACCGGUCGCCUUCUCCGAGCCCGAGACAAAGGCGGUCCGCGACUUGGUCAUGGAGAACAGCGACAACCUGAAGGCUUACCUGAGCGUGCACGCCUCCGGUCAGACGUGGAUGACCCCUCACGGCUGGACCUUCAACUCAGCGCCAGACUAUGAGGAACAGGAUGACCUUGCUGGAAGGGCAGUAAGCGCCAUCUACUCUGUCAACGGGAUCAGUUUCAUGCAUGGAACAAUCGCCAACAUCAACGGCUUGGUGGGAGGAUCCAGCUGUGAUUGGGCUUACACCGUGGCCGGAAUCAAGUAUUCCUACGCCAUCCAGCUCCGUGACGGCUUCGUCCUACCUGCCGACCAAAUCCGACCUUCUGCCGACGAGUUCUUCGCAGGGCUUCUGGUUGUGGCCGAGCAGGUAGCGGCCGAAUACUGAGUUUCUACCGGGUCCAUCACGACACUUCUGUCAUGAAUGAUAAAACUUAAAGAU